AUGGACUCUUCUGCCCAGGCACGCCAGGUUCUGAUCGCCGAUCUCCCGCGAGAAGGUGAUCUCGCGCAUCACACCAACGACGGGCGACCCACCACACUGAUCCGAACCGAGAGCAACGUUGGCAACUCAAACCCAAACCCAAAUCCAAGCCCAAGCCCAGAUUUAAGCCUAAAUCCCGGACAUCUCGAAUUACCAUCAUCCGUCGACGUCGCAAGCCUUUAUGCUCAGGUUGCCAAGCUCAACGACGCGCUCGCCAAGUUGGAAGAUGAGGUGCGCAGCGAGCCUUACAUCAACUCAGAGGCAGAGUGCCGAGCCGCCGCCGGAGACGUCGAGAAGCUUCUCAUUAGUUUGGCGCAACGCGCUGCCAAGAAGACGGGUUUAGAGAGGUGUUUCCCGUGUAAAGGGCGGAAGAAGAGGGAUCUGCUGAGGAGGCAUAUCUGUGUUGUGCAGGAGACGUCCAAGACUGUCGGUAUGACGCAUCUCCGGGUUGCCGAUGCGUUUUCUGGGCUUUGCAGGACGGCGGAUGGUCUAGGCAAGGAUGUGAAGAGACUGGCUGGAGUUGUUGGUGAGGCAAAAGAUGAGUUUGAACGGGAGAGGGUAAGGUGGAAGGUGCUUGGGUGGCGGGAGAGAAUUCUGAGGGACGAGUUGGAGUGCGUUGAGGCGCGGAUGUCUGCUAUGAGCAGCGACAGCAGUAGCGGGCCGGUUCCUGAUGGACACGGGGACAGUCCUGUCGAAAGUGCGUCUACUGCUGCGACAGGCGAUCAAGAUACCACCGUCGAGGAGAUGAGAUUCGAGAUGGAGCCGAUGGUGACGCUGCCCUCGGAAUCGGAAGACUACGCACAUAACCCCACAGAAGAUGAUCUUGGCCAUCUUGUUGAACAGCUCCAGCACCUUAAAGACGACCGCGACGCCAGGAAACCCGGGAACGAGAUGGACGAGGUCCGCUUAGAGAUCAUGGCGGCUUCGCUCGAGCAGUUGUUCCUGGUGAAGCACGGAGAUCUCAGCGUCGAUUUGCAGAGACGGGUUAGAGCGCUGACAGAGGGAGGAGAGAGGUGUCUUGCUGUCGCUGAGGGGUUAGAGAAGCUGAGAGAGUCGAAUUAUGGCGAUUUGGUGGGUGGGUUAUGCGACCUUGCGAAGAAGCCGGACGCGGAGAGCAGGCGCAAGGUGGUGAACAAGGCUAAGGCGACUGGGCGUUUGGGUGCUUCUUAUCGCGGGGUGACGACGGCCGAGUACCUUAUGAUGAGAUGA